AUGCUCCGCACCAUCACGCAGCUCCCACGUCAGCUCUCCCGCCGCGGCGCAGCAUUCAGCACCAGCGCCACCGCCCGCAGCUCAGCAUUCGGCGGCCCCAGCCCCCCUCGGCUCCCGAAAGAAGAACAAGAGCUAUUCGAGAAGCUACAAAAAGCCAGCACAGGCGCCUUUUCGCAGCCAAAGCCCAACGAGGAAGCCCCAUCCUCCCCCGCGCCCUCACCGCCGCGCCCGCAAAUCAACCAAUCCCCGGACUCGUCAGUGCCAGACAUGCGCUUCGAGAGCGGCAAGCCGAUCCCCAAGGGCGACGAGUUCCACCCCAACAUGCGCCGCGGCGCACCGCCCGAGUUCGAGGGCGACGUGAAUCCCAAGACGGGCGAGGUCGGCGGGCCCAAGAACGAGCCGCUGCGCUGGGGGAGCUCGCAUGACCGCGGCGAUUGGAGCUACAACGGGCGCGUCACGGAUUUCUAG